AUGCAUCUCCAAGUAGCCGUCGACUCACCAGUGACGGGGGAUCCUGAUGAUGAGCUCAGUGCAGCCAGCGUAGGAGAUGGUCAUAAAAAUAUAGAAAACUACACGGAGGUGGACAUAUCUCCGGCUUACAGAUACCUCAGGAGGUCUUCUGACUGGAUGGGGAUGGCAAUGCGCGACUGGGAUCCUGUGGAGAUGAUUUCGCGCAUUGAGGACAUAGCAGCCCCUAUCUGCGAAGACGCGCUAAAUAGUUCGGAGAUGAUCAGCUUUAUAAAGUCGGCGCCCAAAUUCGACCUGUACAUCAUGGAGAGGUUGCUGGGUCCGUGUUUCUACGGCGUGGUGCACGCAGUCGGCUCUCCACCAGUGGUGGGUCUCGCCACCCACGGGGCGCACCCGUGCACCCACUGGAGCCACAGGAACCCAGACAGUCCGGCCUACCUGCCGCUCUGGGUCCUGCCGUACUCUCACCACAUGUCCUUCUGGGAGAGGCUCUACAGCGCCUACAUAUGGCUCUACUUUAACUUUGUGUGGCACAGUAUGGACGUACAGGAGUGGCUGGACGGAGCCACAGAGGGUGCUAUCUACUUCAGCCUGGGCACCAACGUACUGAGUAGCACAAUGCCACCAGAAAAGCGACGGGCCUUCCUCGACGCCUUCUCCCAGCUGCCGCAGAGUGUGCUCUGGAAGUGGGAGAAGGACGACGCAACUGACCUGCCACCUAACGUCAGAAUGUCCAAAUGGCUUCCACAACAAUCUGUACUAGCACAUCCAAAUGUUAGAAUCUUCAUCACACAAGGAGGCCUGCAGAGCUUCAAUGAAGCCACUUAUUAUGGUGUCCCUUUAAUUGGGAUUCCAUUCAUGGGAGAUCAGCAUUACAAUGUAGCAAAAAUGGUAUCUGCUGAAAUUGGUUACAAGCUGCAGUUUCGAAGUAUCACAAAGGAUGUGGUUCUAAAAGCUACUAGAGCUAUUCUUGGUGAUCCUAAGUAUCGGGAAAACAUGAAGAAGUAGUCAGCAGUGUAUCGUGAGCAUCAGGC